AUGACAAUUUUGCCCCUCAAAAAGUACAAUUACGAUUUUGCCCUUAUUUUGCUGCUGGUGAUCUGUUGGCUCUCGUUCUUCUCUCAGCUAAAAUGCUUAGGUGGUGUUUUGUUGGCUCUUGAUUACUUUCUGCUUGCUGGUGAUCACUUUAUCCAGGGUUAUUCAAUCUUUGACCUAGGGUUAUCAUCUAAAUUCGAUCCCCAAUUUCUCUCUCCUCAAGUCCUCAGUCUUUACCUCAGAUUUCUCUCCUCAAAGGUUCAAUCUGAUCAAAAAUUAAUGUCGGGAUCUCUUGAUCGAUUUGCUCGCUUGCAUUCAAGGUUUUUGGGCCAAUUCAACGAUUCCAAGCCUGGGAUGUACAGUCAAGCAAUCUUUAAGGGAAUUUGGAAGACAGGAAAAACUCUUUUUCUACAAUUGAAAGAGGAAAAUUUGCGAGGAAGGUCCUUUUAAGUGGUCGACGUUGUACGAAAGGCCCUUUUAUAAAAAAGGUGGCACAAAAGGUCCUUAUAUCAUGUUUGGGUUGUGAGGAGGGUCCUUUGACCAUUUUCCGGCGUUGAAUUUUUUAUUUUCCGGCCAAAAAAAGUCACAUCUAAGUUCUCUUUUUUCUCCUUCCUCUUUUCCCUCGUUUCCCCUUUUUUCCCCUAUUAAACCCUAAUUUGUGAAAACAAUUAACACCAAAACUUCAAUUGUAAUCCCGUAAAUUAAAAUUGAAGGCUAUUCAAAGUAAUUCAAGUCUAAUCCUCCCCACAAUGAGAGAAAAUAGGGAAAAAAGGGAACUUAAUAAGUCACGUGCUUUACACGUGGCUUUUUUUGGCCGGAAAAUAAAAAAGUCAACGCCGGAAAAUGGUCAAAGGACCCUCCUCACAACCCAAACAUGAUAUAAGGACUUUUUGUGCCACCUUUUUUAUAAAAGGACCUUUCUCACGAGGUCGACCACUUAAAAGGACUUUCCUUACAAAUUUUCCUUUUGAUUAAUUUU